CUGUAGCUUCUUCUCCCGAUAGCGCACUUGAACAUGGUUUUGAAGUGCUUCGCUGCUGUUUGCUUCGUCUUUGAACAGGGUUGCGUGGAUAAAGAAUAAAGGCAACUGUCGUGUCGAGCGGCUUCCGGAAACACGCUACAGCUACAGAGUGUGCUCAUUAGUUCGCAGCAGGACUGCAUGCAACCAGGGUGCCCUCUACUUUAGUUCAGCAGGCCCGGGAGAGGAGAGAAUGUCCGGUUGUGCCGAUAGUCCUGCUGCGAACGCUCCUGUCGAUGUCUCCGGUACAGCGCACUUCCCAGUUCGCCUGGCUGUUUGUCAUGAACACCAUUUUGCCGUCAGGUGCAGCUCCUCCGAGUUGGAGCAGCGCCCUUGUGAACUGGAGUAGCCAUGCGACAGCACCGACUCCAACCGGGUUUCCCGGAGCUUCCACGGCCGUACAGCAGCGUCAGAGUGGUGGAGCAGGAGCAGCGCUUUGCUUCGCGCCGUUCAUCGCAACCGAGGACACAAGACACCAGGUGUCAUUCCUGCCAGGUUGUGGUCUUUCGUGUCAUGACUCUGUUUGGUAUGAGGAGGAUGAGUAUGACAGGCUUAGUCGCACCAUCAUAGCACUUGCCACCAUCUCACUGCUGCUAACUGCUUUUACACUGAUCAGCUCUCUUGUGGAUCCACGUUCCAGACAGUUUCCAGCUGUACUGCUGCUGAACAUCAACAUCUGUCUGUGUGCCUCAUCCAUUGGCUGGAUCUGGACGUACAGUGAGGGUGAUGACAUUAUCUGUUACGAAGACGGCACUCUCAGAUUUGAUGCUCCAAGUGAAGUUGGUGACUUCAAGUGUGUGCUCAGCUUCAUGUUCAUCUUCUACUUCACGAUGGCAGCUCAUGUCUGGUUUGUGCUGUUGGCCAUCUCCUGGAACUUUGCCUUCCUGCACCUGGGCAAGCCCAAGAUGCCAUCAGCAUCGGACACGCGCAAGCUGCUGCUGGCUCACCACAUCAUAGCGUGGACAUUACCCGCCCUGCUCACUGGUGCUGCUCUCGGCACAAUGCAACUGGAUGGUCUGUGGCUGGGUCGCAUAUGUCACCUGAGUCUGAUCCGUGAGAAUAACUACGCUCGCAUCAUGCUCCUUCUCAUACCUGAAGGCGUCACUAUCCUACUCGGAGCUAUCUUCUUAACCAGAGGUGUUAUGUACUUGGAAAGUCUUCGGCGUCAACAAACCAACGGCAGCUUCUUGAGCGGCCAGUCGAAUAAGCUGAUCAAGGAAACCAUCGUAAAGAUAGGUUUGUUCAGCUUCCUUCUUCUCUUGUUCCAUCUUCUGAACAUUGCCGUCCACGUCACCGAGAGUGUCAGCAAGGACUCGUGGAUAGAGAGCUUUCAUCUGUUUGUCAGUUGCCGUGGAGCAGAAAUAGCACGUGCAGCGAUAUCCGGUGAUGCCAACCUGCCUGCACUGGUGUCGGGGGAUGAAACAUCUUGUACAGUAGAGCAUAAACCUCACCUUGGUGUCAUCUUCAUCGGAUUCAUUGCUCAAGUUGCCAUUGGCAUUGCCAUGGGAACAUGGGGAGUCAAUCGUCACUCGCUGUCCAAGUGGAAGCAAUUGUUCAUGAGAGUGUACAAGAUGAUGACCACCUAUCAUGGCAAUCUCGACCUAGAAAAGGAGCGUGUGGCGGCAGACCGGGCCAGUGAUGCGGGAGAUCGGCGUAUGUCCAAUCGAAGCAACCCAAGGCCAUCGCCAGACGAGCAGCCCGAAGAGGACGAACUUCACGAACUGGAGAUGUACGCCAACCCCCUGGUUACCAUGGGCGCAGUGGUGCACGUAGCCCCGCCCUCGCCCGUGUCUCCCGUCAACCUGCACGCCAAUCCCAUCAGUUUCCACGGCAACCGGGUCAGCGUCACGCGCACGGCCACGCUGAAGAAGCGAGACGCGUCGUCAACGACGGCCACCGCCGCAUAUGUGGGCGACUGUGAGCCUGGUCUGGCCACCACCACUGUCGGUCUAGAGCCAGUGGCUGGUCAAUACGGCACAUGGCCUACGUCGCCUAGCAAGAAGACAAUGUACGGCGCCAAUGCAACUGCCGCCACCGCCACAUCGGCCAGCUGGAAACCGACACCGCCUAAGCGUAGCAAGUCUAAACAGACCUCCGGCAAUAACACCACUGUACAGCUGCUCUCACAUACUAGAGCUGAGGAUUACGCCGAUAUCUCCACGGCAACGGGAAACCAGGAACUGAACCAGAUUAUUCCGAGAGAGCAGAUGAGCUUGCCGCGUUCCAUUGUCGGUACCGGUCGUUACGUGCUACAGGCGGCUAAUUUCGGCAGCGGGGAAAUGACCACUGCCGAGAGUGCACUUUACCACGGUCGACCAUUGUCCGAGAAGGACAAGAAGCGUGCCGUCGUCGUCAUAGAGAUGUCGGACGAUGGCCACACGGACGCGUGAUGCCUUGUUGCUGUCAUGUCAUGAUGUUGAUGAGUGGAGUGCAAUGUUUGUUUGCUUGUUUACACUGGGCAAAUAAUUUAUCGCCCGAUGAUUGUGACCACGUGAAACUCGGAGUUGCAACUCCGCUUCCCCUCUCUCUUGUGAAUUGAAUUGCAUUAUGUUGAGCAAUAUUUCUUACUCCCUCUGUGCAUAGCAUUCCGGUUUUGCAAGCUGCAUUUUUAGCAUUGAGAACACACAACACGCAGAACAUUUCUCCAAAUAUUUUGUACAGACCACACAGCAAAAGCCAGUCAGUAAAUGUGAAUCAUCUCAUUAUUUUUACAUUGCAGAUUUACUUGUGAUAUCAGUAUACAGAUAAUUUGCAAAGUAUCUAUCAGCAAAAGCAUAAUUUUUUAGGAAUUGCGAAUGAAAAAUCUAUUUGAAUUGUAUAUAAAUUGUAAGAACCUCU